AGCCCUCUGACUUCCGGUGGAGGGAGAGAAAAACAGCUGAACGGUGAAGAGAGGGCGGCCCUGCAGACGCUGGUUUGGGAGGACGGCUCCAAUUUACGCAUCAGAGGCACCUUCAGAGCAGGAGGUGAGGAAGACACCUGCGCCAUGGUGAAGAUCAGCUUCCAGCCUGUGGCGGGACAGAAAGGGGACAAUGACGGCGAUAAGACGGAGAUCCUCAUCCCCCGUCCGACGGAUGAGGAUGAGCUGGUGCUGCCUCUGCGCCCCAAGAAGUCCCCCCUCAGUGGGCUUUGCUGCCUGACGUUCGGCCUGGUGGUCUUUAUGGCUGGUCUGGUUCUGGCCUCCAUCUAUGUCUACCGUUACUACUUCAUACCUCAUAUGCCAGAGGAGAACCUGUUUCACUGCAGGGUGCUUUAUGAAGACUCUGUGUACGCUCCACUCCGAGGACGCCAGGAACUGGAGGAGAAUGUUGGCAUCUACCUCUCUGACAACUACGAGAAGAUCACUGUCCCCGUACCGCACUUCGGAGGGAGCGACCCUGCUGAUAUAAUCCAUGAUUUCCACAGGGGAUUAACCGCCUACCAUGACAUUGCUUUGGACAAAUGCUACGUUAUUGAGCUAAACACCACUAUUGUGAUGCCUCCUCUCAAUCUUUGGGAACUUCUUAUCAACGUCAAGAAGGGAACAUACCUGCCUCAGACUUACAUCAUUCAUGAGGAGAUGGUGGUGAGCGGCAAAGUGCACAACAUGCGUCAGCUGGGGCCAUUCAUCUACCGCCUGUGCAACGGGAAGGAUACGUACCGCCUGGCGCGCCGCAUCAACCGCAGACGUCUCAACAAGCGCGGGGCGAAGGACUGCCACCACAUCCGCCACUUUGAGAACACCUUCGUGGUGGAGACGGUGAUCUGUGACGGGGCGUAAACACCUGGACGUUCCCACUCGAUGAGGCAUCUCCACUCACUACCCCAGCCACUGUAGCACUCCCUCCUCCCUCUGUGGAUCUGAUCAUAUCUCUGUUGCACUUUAUUACUGCUGUUCUCAGAUAAAUAUGGUUUUCCAUCACCUGUUCUGUUGUUGCCAUUAUUUGUUUUGUUUAUCGGUGGUCUUUAUCCUAAAACGGUGAUGCAAUUCUAGGUUGUUUGUUUUAUCCCAGGAUCUUUCCAUGUAGCACAUCCUUACGCCAAUGAUAAAGGCUUGUUUCAACAUCUCUGUUUUUUCUUCUUUGGGGAUUUCUUCUGUGCAACGAUUGCUGUAUCCAUGUGUCGUUAAGGUUGCAGUGCUUCUGAUCUACUUCCUAAAAUCCCUGGAGUUUAAUUUGUGUUUUUGCUUCACUAACAAUCAGCUACCGAGCACAUGAGGUCUUGUUUCACUUAGCAAACUUUAUCCCAGGACUUUCAUUCAACUAUUUUCCCGCUCUGUGAAAUGUAAACCUUUAACUGCUAGUCGCUUGCUUGCAUCUUUUCUUACAUGCUUGUUGCUUCUUGCUUCUCUCUAUGUCUUUCAUUUUCUCCAAAGCAAAGUUAGACUCCAUUAGAACCUCAACUGUAUUUUAGUUUUAGGACAUUCCAUUAAUCAGACAUCUGGACAUGCAUCUUAUUCUAAGUUUAGAUUUUUUUGAAAAGUAUGCCAAAUGAAAUUUUCAUUAAACAUAGUUUUACCUUGCAUGUUUUCAUCCCAUAGAGAGAAGUGGAUAUCUUAAUGUUUUCGUAAAAUGAUGUUAAAGCCUUAGUCCAGCUCAAAAACUGGAUUAAAGUCAAAACAGCACGAAAGGAGCACAUAGGAUUUGUUAGCUGAACAAAACUAAUUGAUUUGUAUAGUUUGUCUGCCAGAUGGCACCUGUAUGUGAAUUCAAUAAAAA